AUGGUUAACCCCACCAUGUUCUACAUCGCCCACGGCAAGCCCUUGGGCCGCGUCUCCUUCGAGCUAUUUGCAGACAAGGUUCCAAAGACAGCAGAAAACUUUCGUGCUCUGAGCAAUCAUACAGCUUCUGGCAUCUUGUCCAUGGCAAAUGCUGGACCCAGCACAAACAGCUCCCAGUUUUUCAUCUGCACUGCUGAGACUGAGUGGUUGGAUGGCAAGCAUGUGGUCUUUGGCAAGGUGAAAGAAGGCAUGAAUAUUGUGGAGGCCAUGGGGCACUUUGGGUCCGUGAAUGGCAAGACCAGCAAGAAGAUCACCAUUGCUGACUGUGGACAACUGGACACAAGUGUCGAAUGCUCCUCGGUGGCUCCGCCCCCUCCGGCCCCGCCCCCUCCUCUCCGCGACAUUUGCUUCCCCUCCGUCAUCCAUCGCUCGGCGCUCGUCCCUUCUCCGUGGGUCUGCUCAGAGCGUUCCAUCGAGUUUCUCGGCCAUCGCGCGCCUGCGCCAUUGGGCUGUCAGUCAGAGGCGGCGUGGAGAGCGCUGGGAGCGGUUGUGGCGUGCGGGGAGCUGAGGUAUAGCUGUGACUUCUGCCUUGCCAGGCCGCGCACGAGCUGGCUGACCCAGUUUGUAAAAAUGGAAUUUCAAGCAGUAGUGAUGGCAGUAGGUGGAGGAUCUCGGAUGACAGACCUAACUUCCAGCAUUCCCAAACCUCUGCUUCCAGUUGGGAACAAACCUUUAAUUUGGUACCCAUUGAACCUGCUUGAGCGUGUUGGAUUUGAAGAAGUCAUUGUGAUUACAACCAGGGAUGUUCAAAAGGCUCUAUGUGCAGAAUUCAAGAUGAAAAUGAAGCCAGAUAUUGUGUGUAUUCCUGAUGAUGCUGACAUGGGAACUGCAGAUUCUUUGCGCUACAUAUAUCCAAAACUUAAGACAGAUGUGCUGGUCCUGAGCUGUGAUCUGAUAACAGAUGUUGCUUUAUAUGAGGUUGUGGACCUGUUUAGAGCUUAUGAUGCAUCACUUGCUAUGUUGAUGAGAAAAGGCCAAGAUAGCUUAGAACCUGUUCCUGGUCAAAAGGGGAAAAAAAAAGCAGUGGAGCAGCGUGACUUCAUUGGAGUGGACAACACAGGAAAGAGGCUGCUCUUCAUGGCUAAUGAAGCAGACUUGGAUGAAGAGCUGGUCAUUAAGGGAUCCAUCCUACAGAAGUAAGCCCUAGGGUGUUUUCUUCUGGCAAUUAUCCUUGUCUUAAAACAAAAUAAAACCACCCAGUGGGUGGGAAAGAGGGAAUGAAAACUAGAUUAUACUGUGUGAAAUUGACAAAAGUAUGUGAAUAUUUUUCCCAUGAGACAGGAUGAAGGCUUUUCUUCACUGCAUAAGCCUGUUUCCCUGUCUUUUCUUGCCAAGGUAGAGCCAAAUCCCGCAUAAGAGUCAGGCGAAGCAGCUGUGGGAAGAACAAGACUGUCUUCCUGACAGUGUUAUAAAACCCCCUUUAAAAAAAAAGCGGUGAAAAAAACAC